AUGGCGCAAGCGGAGAGCGGGACACUGAAAGUGAAGAUCCUGCGCCACGAUCAAACGCCUGCAGACAAUCGGACGUGUGCCACGUCCGUGUUCCCGUUCUCCAAUGCCAUUGGUACGAGAAACAGCCGACGGGCUGCGGUACAGCCGCCGCACAUGUCGAGAUCGCCACCGAAGCCGAGACCUAACCGAAAACAUGUACCCAUCUUCUACGAGCCGCAGUUCCGCCAGCCUAUUUGGCGCAGAAGUCGACGACGACGCUCUAACAACGAGUCCGGGACGCCUUCAGCCCCGUCCACGAGUGUGGCAGACAUUUCCUUGACCUCACCCACUGAAGUACAUGCUCCUGAUGAUGCGGCUACAGGUGCGCCACACGCAUUGCCACAGCUUUUGGACGUGAGACUUCGGUCAGCAAGUAGCAGUGAAGUGCGUCGCGACCUUUCACCGAAAACGAGCCCGUUGGUCGUCCGCAAGGAGACCGAUGAAGUGGAAGCAAAUGGUGAGCUCGAGCACUUAUCUUCUUCGGAGUCAAGUUCACUUUGCCUGAACUCGUGGUCAGAAGGACUGCAAAUGAUGGGAACGACGGCGACAUCUGCAGAACUGCAGAAGGACCCAAAUGUUGGGAAAGCGUCUGCACGAGAUCAUUCUGCGUCAUCAUCUACCAAUCACCACCUGGCGCGAGACGGACCAGUCGCGAGUACACAGCUGCAGCUCUCGGCGUUGUCUUCGACGGAUGAUCUUGCUGCCGUCGUUACGAAGAUACCGUCUUCCAGCAUUAAUGGAUCGACAAAAAUACUGGAUACGGCCGACUGCGGGACGAACGGGAGACCGGAAGACUCGCGGUCUGAACCGCUUGCGGUAUCACAAACAGCAACUGAUCCCGUCUCAAGUGCGUCAUCGACAAAACACUCGAGAAACAAGGAACAAGGCGGCAAGCAUCGUGAGAUAUGCGGCCCCAACAGCACCUCGCGUUCGGGGUGCAGUGAGGCAACGCACAGCAGUGGAAGCAGAUCGAUGGUGGCGACUGUAGAGCCGUCAUCGAGGCCUCCUACGCUGAACUUGGUUGUAGAAGACAGGACCCAGGUCUCCGAGCUCCCUUUUAUCAUCGGCGGCAGCGAGGACACUUUGGUGUGCAAUUCAUUGGACGAAUGCGCCAGUGGUAUGGCGAUUACCCUCGACUCUCCACCGGAUGCUCCGCUAGUUUUGCCGUCCCACAACUCACUUGUGGGUGGUAGCAUUUCGUCGUUGACGCUUCCGAAAACAGCUCCGAGCCUCGAUGGAUCAGGAUCUCUCUCGAGCGUGACCAGUGACACGAAUGAGACCAUGAAAGACCUGAACAGUGUGCCGGCGUUACCGGCAAGGACGCAUCUUAGCCCGGACGGGCUAGCCACAAUGACCAGAGUGAACUGCGAGGUCAGUGAUCCGUGCAAACGCAAGGCGUCCCACAUUGCGAUGGCCGGAUUUGGGUCACGUGCUUCUUGUUCCGACGCUACUUACAACACAGUGACUUGCAGCUGCAACGCGACAAGUGGUCUGGGUCCACCACCUAGUGACCCGCCAGCUUUUACGAUCGGAAACUCGCUCAUGGGAGGAGGUAUAGAGCUGCAGCUUGCAGCUUCACCUGUCAACACGCACAACUUCGACUGGAAGCCACAAAGACCUGCAUGGCACAUCGAUGAUACUACCAGAUCGAUAGGCCAUCGAUGA